GGCUAUUUUUACGCGCGGACACCGGACACCGGGCUGGGUCGGCGGCGGCGGCGGCGGCGGCGGCCGAGGCGGGGCCGCACCGGGCCAGGCGUCGGGGCCACACGUCCGUUCGCGGGUCGCCGGGGCUGCGCGCGCCAUGGAGCCGCGGUGCCCGCCGCCGUGCGGCUGCUGCGAGCGGGUGGUGCUCAACGUGGCCGGUCUGCGCUUCGAGACGCGGGCGCGCACGCUCGGCCGCUUCCCGGACACGCUGCUCGGGGACCCAGCGCGCCGCAGCCGCUUCUACGACGACGUGCGCCGCGAAUACUUCUUCGACCGGCACCGGCCCAGCUUCGACGCGGUGCUAUACUACUACCAGUCGGGCGGGCGGCUGCGGCGGCCGGCGCACGUGCCGCUCGACGUCUUCCUGGAGGAGGUAGCUUUCUACGGGCUGGGCGCGGCGGCCCUGGCGCGCCUGCGCGAGGACGAAGGCUGCCCGGUGCCGCCCGAGCGCCCCCUGCCCCGCCGCGCCUUCGCGCGCCAGCUCUGGCUGCUCUUCGAGUUCCCCGAGAGCUCACAGGCCGCGCGCGUGCUCGCCGUCGUCUCCGUGCUCGUCAUCCUGGUCUCCAUCGUGGUCUUCUGCCUAGAGACGCUGCCUGACUUCCGCGACGACCGCUACGACCCAGGGCUCGCAGCAGUGGCUGCAGCUGGCCCGUUCCCUGCUCGACUCAAUGGCUCCGGCCCUGUGCCUGGAAACCCACCCCGCUUGCCCUUCAACGACCCGUUCUUUAUGGUGGAGACGCUGUGCAUCUGUUGGUUCUCCUUUGAGCUGCUAGUGCGCCUGAUGGCAUGCCCGAGCAAGGCGAUCUUCUUCAAGAACGUGAUGAACCUCAUCGAUUUUGUGGCCAUCCUUCCCUACUUUGUGGCGCUGGGCACUGAGCUGGCCCGGCAGCGAGGGGUGGCCCAGCCGGCCAUGUCACUGGCCAUCCUGCGGGUCAUCCGAUUGGUGCGUGUCUUUCGCAUCUUCAAGCUGUCCCGGCACUCAAAGGGCCUACAGAUCUUGGGCCAGACAUUUCGGGCCUCCAUGCGAGAGCUGGGCCUCCUCAUCUUCUUCCUCUUCAUCGGUGUGGUCCUCUUUUCCAGCGCGGUCUACUUUGCGGAAGUUGACCGGGUGGACUCCCAUUUCACCAGCAUCCCAGAGUCCUUCUGGUGGGCAGUGGUCACCAUGACCACAGUUGGCUAUGGAGACAUGGCACCCGUCACUGUGGGUGGCAAGAUAGUUGGCUCUCUGUGCGCCAUCGCCGGUGUACUGACCAUUUCCCUGCCCGUGCCUGUCAUUGUCUCCAACUUCAGCUACUUUUACCACCGGGAGACAGAGGGCGAAGAGGCCGGGAUGUACAGCCAUGUGGACACACAGCCCUGUGGCACACUGGAGGGCAAGGCCAAUGGUGGGUUGGUGGAUGGAGAAGUGCCUGACUUACCACCUCCACUCUGGGCACCCCCUGCGAAACACCUGGUCACCGAAGUGUGAGGGACAGUUGAGGUCUGCAGGACCUCAUACCUCCUUGGAGGGGAGGGAGGGGAGCAGGGUGGAGGGAAAGGCUGGGAGGAGGGGAUUGGGUUUACGAAGAACUAGGUUAAGUGGUAAUGAACGGGGGAACACUGAGUCUUGUUGGGUCUUGAGUUGUGUGGUUUGGUAGCUCUUGUGGGUACCUCCUUAAGUAUCAGCG